AGCGUUGUCAGUGCUCACUCCUGCUCAGGUGGCACAGCUGACACUGAGCUCAGGGGCCUUGAAUGACACAGACCAAAUCGACCACGUGUUUGAGCGACUUGAGGAGGGCAAUGCUCUGGAAAAUGUGGAUGAAUUCCUGGAAGAGCUGACAGCAAAUGGAAAGGACCCUGAUUUCCAACCUGCUGUGAGAGAUCACCUAAUGAACAGGACCUUCAGCAUCAUCGCUCCCCAUUUCCCCAAGUUCAAGACAGACGACUGGUUCGCUUGGUUCCACGUGAAGCUGGUUACUCUGCUCCCAAGUUUCAGCGCAGUGAUGCUCAAGAAUGCUACCUCAGAUAUAAACUGCACAAACUACCAUGUUGUUGUGAGCGGGAUGGCCAAAGCUUUCCCUUCAAUAUCCUCGCAGGGACAAGAAGAAAUCACAGAUGUAAUGGUGGGCUACCUGGAAAAAUCUGUCAGUGUCAUCAACACGCCAGUUUGCAGGCAGGGAAUUCAGAGUGAUGCCCAGUGGCUUGAGAAAAACUUGGGUCCAUUUUCCACACGUGCUAAAUACUCUGACCUCAAAGUAUUCAACAUCUCUGGGGUGACUGUACUAGACUCUCUUUCUUCAAAACAGAAAGCUGAACUGCUUCUUGAACCCAACAGCUUGUCAAAUGAGACCCUUGUGAGACUUGUGUUCACAGAACUUACUGUGGAAGACCUUGGCUCUUUCUUUGAUAAAUUUGUUAGUGGUGCUGCUGAGCAAAAUUUGACAACCAUUGAGCCAAGAGUGCGUGACACCAUCCUAAAUCUGACACUAUUGGCACUUGGCCCAAAACUGUCUAUGCUAGGUGCUGAAGGAUUCAAGUUAUGGUUCCAGGUUUACCUGCCUCUGUUCCUCCCAAGCAUGGACUCAAGUACAUUUGAAAUUAUUCCAAGAAACAUCAGCUGCGGCUCCUAUCAGGAGAUAGUCAAGGGAUGCGACAAUGUUUUCACUCUUCUCUCCGUGAAGCAGACACAACAAGUUUUCACAUUCACAAUAGACUAUCUCAGGAGACAUUCCUGCUCAGGUCUGUCAUGCGUUGAAUCUUUAAAUGAUGACAGACGUUGGCUUGAAGACAACUUUGGUCAGUUCCGUGUGCAUGCGUCCUACAAUGAUUUUGUGACCUUGAAGAACAAUUUCAAUGGAGUGGAGGUCGCAGAUCUUCUCACUCUCAGUCAACUGGCUGAGCUUGCAGCAACUCCAUCACAGCUAAAGACGAUGCAACAAGUGACAAAAAUCAUGGCAGUCACUAGCUCAGUUGACUUUGGUGCUUUCUUUGACAUAGUCUCACCAGCCAUUGAGGCCCACCCAGCCAACUACACAGAGGAGGUGAAAUCUGCCUUCCUCCAGGCAGUAUUUGACAGAGGGAAUCUGUCCUCUCCAGCCAUCAGUGACACAGAGUUCCUGCUGUGGCUCAAGGUUCGACUGAGCCCUCUCCUGGUCAACCUCUCUCCCGGCCUCGUAACACCUUUAUAUGACAUCGCAAAGAGCAGGAGUUGUAACAGCAGCCAAGAGAUGAUCACGUUGCUGGACACACUACGCAUAACACUCAGCAACAACACCCAAAGGGAGAUCUAUAAAAGUACCCUGCUCUUCCUCCAAGGUCCUACGCCACUCAAGUGUUACAAUGGUGGAAGCUUCUACGUCUUUCUGAGGAACACUUUCCUAAGCUUUGGCUUUCCAGAUUUGUCCACAUUCACAUCUCUCCUGCCACAGACGCGCAAAUCAGAGCUCCUCGGUACCAUCAGCCCCUCAGAGUUGCGUCAGUUCCUCAGUGAACCCAAUGUUGUUGAUAAGAGCUCUGACAUCUGUGUUAUCUUCAACAACUACAACAACACUACUACCUUCCUAGAAACUGAGGAUGUUCCAGACAAUGUGAAGAUGGUGACCCUCCCCUGUGUCUGGCCUUUGGCCCUGAGCAGCAACAGCAAAUCAGAGGUUAAAUCCUGGUUUGACCUACGGUUGAAGAACUAUCUCAGAUUCCUCAGCAAGAGUCUCAUCAGCUCCACUGAAGUGCAGAAUGCCUCAUGUCUUGCCUUCCAGAAACUGGUCUCUGUAAUGGGAAAUAACUUCACAUACAACAGCUCUGCCUUUGGACGGGGUGAUGUAUACACCACCAUCAGGACCUACUUGAGUACUGGUAAAAGUUCCAGUGUCAGAUGCUACAACACCAGUGAUGCAGAACUAAACUCAACCUCGUGGUUUGUCAGUUACAUCGGCAAUUUUGUGACAUUCAUCACUCUGGAUGAUCUUACCACCUUCGUGUCCACCAGUCAAACUAAAGUGUUCUUGGAGGACCCAGCCAACCUGCAGCUCUUUAGCAACACAGCCAUCUCAGAAAACGUGACCAACUAUUACAUCUCACAGCUGUUUGCAUUCAACCCAGCGUUCAGCCCUGUGAAGCUCCCAGGCUUUUUCUUGUGCUCCUCUGAGGUUCCAAUUGCAGCAUAUUCUUCUGUGAAUGAGAAUGAUACCAUACUCCUCUUGAAUGAACUGAAUAAAUUCUGCAAUGGAACAGUGGACCCUGAGGUGUCUGCUGCUCUGGCAUCCAACAUCAAGACCAUCACAGCAGAGACAUUCAAGACUCUUGGCAGUGCCAGCGGAGGCCUGACCAGCAGCCAGAUCACUUCAGUUUCCGGGUCAGUGCUGAUAUCCUCUUUAUCCACCCUGAGCACAAUUAGCACCUGGAACCAAGAGCAAGCCACCACCAUCAUCCAAAUCAUGACUUGCAUCAGGUUUCCAGAUCAACACUGGAUCCUCCCUGGCAUCCCUUGGCACACUUGUUGCUGGAGUUCCUUCAAAGUCAAUUGAAAAAAUUCCAGCUUCUCAGCUAGUCACCAUCUCCCAGAGCACUGCCUUUGUUUCCAGCAUGCUGUCAGCCCCAACAGUUGUCCAACAGACCUUCGUCAAGAAGAUCAUAUCUGUGGACUCAAGUCCAGCCAAAGUGGUGCUGAAUGUCCCUGAUGCUAUGGCAACUGAGAUCCCACCAUCGCUGCUGCUAUUUUCUGAGGAGAAUGUGGAUGUCAGUGUGAUCAACAGAAAGACAUGGACCUCAGAUCAGGUCAGUAUAUGGUUUUACACACAAGAAACUUAUAAAAAUGUGUUUCACAGAUGUUUAGGAUACAUUUAACAAUUAGUGUGACUCCACAUUGAAAUCAAGAUAAAUGAAAUUAUUAUAGGAUUAUGAGGUGAUUUCAGCCCAGAGUUACAUAUCAACUUCCAAUAUACCCUGUGUUACAUUGUGCUAUAGGGGAGUUUUUUGACUGAAAUUGAAUUUUUCUUUUUUUUACCUCCUUCUUCUUCUUCUAGGCUGCCAUGUUCUUCGGGUCACUAGCUACAACAAACUUUAACAUUGAGGAGUAAGUGAACAAGUCCCAUAAAUAGUUAUGUGUUCUUUUUAUUAUAUUCAGAGCCUGUUAACCUUAUUUGUGGUUUUCUGUUCUCU